UGUGAGUGAAAGCUGUGAUGGUUAUGAAAUGCUUUUAAGAAGGCCUGAGGUUAUAAUUGAAGACUUUGCAAAGUGCAACUCCUUUCCCUCAUUUAGGCAUGAUCAGAUGUUCAUGUUAAUCCAAUCAUAACCACCGAUUCCCAUUUUGUUAGUACAAGUCGACCAAAGAAAUUAAAAGGCAAAAGCUGGAUCAGAAAACAAUAUUUAGGCUGCAAUCAAAGCAACAGUUACCAGAGUGUGGAGUGAAGAGGCUUACAGUUCGGAGUAAGAGUGCUGUUUCUUUGCCUGUGCUGAGAUGUGGCUUUGUGUGUAGUUGGUGUUGUGGAGACUUGCUGGGAAUACUUUGUCAGCAGCAAUUUUACUGGAUCUGAUAAAGGAGGCGGCUGGAGCUACAAUCUCGCGAGUGCUCGGGGCCCCUUGAAGCAAGCAGACUGAGCAGCUGCAGGAGCAGGAGCAGAAACCUACAUUUGGAACAGCAGAGAAACCAGAGCUGGCAGGAAUCGGGACCAGCAGCAGCUGGAACCUGCACUGGGAGUGGCAGGAGCGUGGAUUAAGAGCAGCUAUAAGGAGGAGUUUACUUGGUGACAGUCAGCUGUAGCUGGUGAAGUCUGUACCCCUUGGAAGCUGACCAUCAGUCUGUCUUCCAUAGCUCGUCCCCCAGAUUACGGGACCCGAAUGAAACCAUGAGCUUCUUAUUUGGAAACCGUUCGUCUAAGACUUUCAAGCCGAGGAAGAACAUUCCAGAAGGGUCGCAUCAGUAUGAGCUGUUGAAACAUGCAGAGACCACCCUGGGCAGUGGUAAUCUGCGCCUGGCUGUAAUGUUACCGGCUGGUGAAGAUUUGAAUGAAUGGAUUGCUGUCAAUACCGUAGACUUCUUCAAUCAGAUUAACCUGCUGUAUGGAACAAUAACAGAUUGCUGCACUGAGGAUGGAUGCCCUGUUAUGUCUGCUGGUCCCAAGUACGAAUAUCACUGGGCAGAUGGGACAAAUAUAAAGAAACCGAUUAAAUGCUCGGCACCAAAAUACAUUGAUUACCUGAUGACCUGGGUACAGGACCAGCUCGAUGAUGAGACACUGUUUCCAUCCAAAAUAGGCGUUCCCUUCCCCAGGAACUUCAUGGCAGUAGCAAAAACCAUCCUGAAACGCCUGUUCCGAGUUUACGCUCACAUUUAUCAUCAACAUUUUGAUUCUGUGAUCCAGCUGCAGGAAGAGGCUCAUCUCAAUACUUCCUUUAAGCACUUUAUCUUUUUUAUUCAGGAGUUUAACCUCAUAGAUCGGAAAGAACUCGCCCCGUUGCAGGAACUGAUCGAGAAACUGACUGCAAAGGACAGAUAGGAGUGAACAAAAGCAGCUGAGGGAAGAACACAAUCCUUUUCCCCUCUUUAGCACGACUGGGCAUGGGCGAUGGAUUGGAUGUUGUAAAAUCCACCCAGUGCUCGCGCCAAUGAAAUUUGAAGCUGUUUUCAUUCGAAGGUCUGAUACCAGAUGAUUCUAGACUUCUCUUUAAGCAAGUCACCACAUGCGCAGGCAGCCUUAGCUGUGCCAUCUUGCUAUGCCACACACAACCCUGCAAUGCUUGUACGAUGUAACCCAUUGGUACCGAUGAGAGAAGCCACAUCAUUCAAGUGCCUGCGUUGAUCCAUAAUCUGCACGUUACUUUUCUCUUUUUUUCAGUGUUUUGAUAAAGAAUAAAAUAACAUGCUGGGCUGAUGCUUCGUUCAGGGAAAUGCCAUUGAUUGUAACA